AUGUCUGACAACGACGACGACUUUAUGUGCGAUGAUGAUGAGGACUACGGUUUGGAAUAUUCUGAGGAUAGCAAUUCGGAGCCCGAUGUGGAUCUGGAGAAUCAGUACUACAACAGCAAGGCUCUAAAGGAAGAGGAGCCGAAGGCGGCGCUGGCCAGUUUCCAAAAAGUUCUCGAUCUGGAGAAUGGCGAGAAGGGAGAGUGGGGCUUCAAGGCCCUGAAGCAGAUGAUUAAGAUAAAUUUUCGAUUGUGCAACUAUGACGAAAUGAUGGUGCGAUACAAGCAAUUAUUGACGUACAUCAAGAGCGCCGUCACCAGAAAUCACUCGGAGAAGAGCAUCAACUCUAUAUUGGACUACAUUUCCACUUCAAAGAAUAUGGCUUUGUUGCAGAACUUUUACGAGACCACUUUGGAUGCUUUGCGCGAUGCAAAAAACGAUAGAUUAUGGUUCAAGACCAACACGAAGCUGGGCAAACUCUACUUUGAUCGCAGCGACUUUACCAAGCUCCAGAAGAUACUCAAGCAGCUGCACCAGAGCUGCCAGACGGACGAUGGCGAGGACGACCUCAAGAAGGGCACCCAACUGCUGGAGAUCUACGCUUUGGAGAUCCAAAUGUACACCGUGCAGAAGAACAACAAAAAGCUGAAGGCCCUAUACGAGCAGUCGCUGCACAUCAAGUCGGCCAUUCCGCAUCCUCUGAUUAUGGGUGUGAUACGCGAAUGCGGCGGCAAGAUGCAUCUGCGCGAGGGAGAGUUCGAGAAGGCCCACACUGACUUCUUUGAGGCGUUCAAGAACUACGAUGAGAGUGGUUCCCCCAGGCGUACCACAUGCUUGAAGUACUUGGUCUUGGCCAACAUGUUGAUGAAAUCUGGCAUCAAUCCCUUCGACUCUCAGGAGGCCAAACCGUAUAAGAAUGAUCCUGAAAUCCUCGCCAUGACCAAUCUGGUCAACUCCUAUCAAAACAACGACAUCAACGAGUUUGAGACUAUUCUGCGCCAGCAUCGUAGCAACAUCAUGGCCGAUCAGUUUAUACGCGAGCACAUCGAGGAUCUACUACGCAAUAUACGCACCCAAGUGCUCAUAAAACUGAUUAGACCCUACAAAAACAUCUUUAUACCCUUUAUUGCCAGUGCCCUGAACAUUGAGCCCGCCGAAGUGGAGAGCCUUUUGGUCUCCUGCAUUUUGGAUGACACCAUCAAGGGACGCAUCGAUCAGGUGAACCAAGUGCUGCAGCUGGACAAGGUCAAUAGCAGCGCCGCUCGCUAUAAUGCCCUGGAGAAAUGGUCCAACCAAAUCCACUCUCUGCAGUUCGCUGUCGUUCAGAAAAUGGCCUAAAUAUGUAGCUAUACUCUACGCCAGUUUGUCGCUUUUACAACCCAUUAAAAUAUCUAGAAUAUA